CCGCAGCAGCAGCAACAGCAACUGAGAAACGUGAGUGAGAACUAAGUCGUUUCGGGGCCAGACGUUCAGCUCGCAUUCCUGCACACAUCGCGGAAACCCCAUAGAGCCAGGAAUCUGAGGGCUGGAAACUUCGGGUUAUGCUGCGUGACUUCCUGUUGGUCUACAAUCGGAUGACAGAACUCUGCUUCCAGCGUUGUGUGCCCAGCUUGCACCACCGAGCUCUGGACGCUGAGGAGGUGGGGAACUGUGAGGCCUGUCUGCACAGCUGUGCUGGGAAGCUGAUCCAUUCCAACCACCGCCUCAUGGCCGCUUACGUGCAGCUCAUGCCUGCCCUGGUACAGCGCCGCAUCGCAGACUACGAGGCUGUCUCGGCUGUGCCAGGCGUUGCUGCUGAGCAGCCUGGGGUCUCUCCAUCAGGCAGCUAGCCAUCCCCAACCCCAGGAGGGAAGGCCCUGGAUGGACCCUCAGAUUUAAGGACCCAGUGGACCUUAGGGUUGGUGAAUCCUAAACGGAGAGAAUUCGAGGUUGCCUGAAAACUGGCUGUCCUUGCUCCUUUUCCUGGAGCCAAUAUACUCGCUUUUUACUCUGUUUGAUUUAUAUUCUGGGCAAGGAAGCUUUGCAUACUUUAUUGGCAUAAUCCUUUGUUCUGUCAUGUAGCCAUAUCUGCUGGCUUCAGCCCUGGCAGCUGAUAAGUUGUCUUCUAUAUGUAGAAGGAAAACCUGAGUAUUUGCAGGCAUCUGGUUAAAGCAGGGUCUGUGUGUACAAUUUUAAAAUGAGUAAUAUGUCAGGCUUUAUCUUAGUUUACAACAAAACUACGAGUAAGCGGUAUUAGCCUCACUAAAUAGAUGAGGAAGCAAGAUUCCAGAAUGUACCAGAAGGCCAUUUGAUACAACAGGAGAUUGGUUCCUGCCCAGAUGACAGAAAAUGGGAGUUCUGUCUAGUUGUCCUUAAGUCUGACUGACUUCAAUGGCUUAUAACCGUGAACCAAGUAUUUGUUGGUUCAUAACUAUUGUUUUGUGAACUAUGUCUUAUAUGUCUAGAAUUCUGCUGGAUCUAGGGAAAGGAGAAGCUGUCGAAGUACAACGGAUCAAAAAACCACAGGGCUUUUGGGCACUGCCUCCUUGAGAAGUUAGUGGCCACAGAAGAGAGAUGAAACCUGUAAGAAGUCUGGAGUCUUGGAACUUCAGCCAUUUCCCCAGGUUGUUACUUUCUUAGCAUGUACAGUCUUCUCAGGAUGAGCAGUAAAACCUUUGAACCAAG